AUGAUGUGUCGCCUUAAAGCUGAUGAUGAUGAUGAGCGCCAUUGCUUUAUUCCAGACUCUGAUGGGAGUUUGUCGUGGCACAUUCGAUUUGCCAUGUCCGCUUGUAGAAUCAAGGACGCGAAAAAGUUUCUUAUCAAGGACAGUAGUUGUGUUUUUUACAUUGCUGAUGUGAGAAGGUCCCCACAAUCGGGUUUUGAUGUUAACGACUCUGGUAGCACAUAUUCCAGUGCCUUGUCGGAUACAUCACAGUACUUUACGGCGGGAACCUCGCAAAAUGAUGUGGGUGGUUCUAUUCAGUCUUGGAUAUACUACAAGAAUAUGAAGUAUGUUCUGGAUAGUGAGGAUGGGCACUAUCAUCUGCUACCCAACUGGGACGAGCGGCCAGCAUCGGAUAUCGUUAGUGCUCGACCACUUAUGGAACAGGAGGCGGCGCGUCGUCGAUCUUUGUACGAUGUAAAUGAUAUCCCCAUCCCACGACGGAGUGUUGGACAACUGCUCCUAAAAGAGGGACUUAAUCAAUUCUACGUCUUUCAAUUGGCAAGUUGCAUCUUGUGGUUCUGUGACUCCUAUUAUUAUUACGCGGCGGCUAUUCUCCUCAUUUCUGCUAUGUCCCUAACUUGGAAUAUUUGUGACUUGAGAAGGAGCGAAAAAGCUCUUCGCGAUACUGUCACCUCGUAUGGGACCGUAAACCUCUGUCGCGAAGUCAAUGGGAGUCCAAAGUUCUAUUCAGUUAAUUCAACGGAUCUUGUGCCCGGUGAUAUCAUUGAAAUCCCUCGGGAUGGGUGUCACAUGUUUUGUGACGCUGUUCUCCUUCAGGGCAGUUGUAUAGUCAACGAGAGCACGUUAACUGGUGAAAGCGUCCCAGUGACGAAAAUUUCAUUUGUUUCGUCUCGGGAAACUGACGGCGCUUCUCCACAGUUCGAAUUGAAGGCUUCCUCUAAGAGUGUUCUCUUUUGCGGCACUUCUGUCAUCCAAUCGCGUAACUUUGCCGAUCAGAAGGUCAUAGCCGUGGUUGUACGCACCGGUUUUCGCACCGCCAAGGGUGAGAUGGUCCGUGCUAUUCUAUUCCCCAAACCUAUGAAGUUUAAGUUUACUCGCGACGUAAAUCGCUUCGUUGGGGUUCUCGCUCUCAUCGCCGUGGGUGGCUUUGCCUUUUCUGUCUACAUAUUGCUCCAAAAUGGAACAGAGGCAGGUGAUAUUGUGAAGAGAGCAUUCGAUUUAAUCACGGUAGCAGUUCCACCCGCGCUGCCUGUUGCAAUGACUGUGGGCAUUGUGUUCGCUCAAGGUCGUCUCAAGAAGAAGAAUAUUUUCUGCAUCAAUCCAAGCGUCAUUAAUGUCUGUGGUAUUAUAGACGUUGCCUGUUUCGAUAAGACUGGUACGAUUACAGAAGACGGUUUGGAUUUGUGGGGCGUCAUCCCUAAUGGUCAUGGAACUUUUGAGAAACCUGUAGCACAACCGAGUGAGCUGCCACGGGGACCUCUACUCGAAACCAUGGCAACUUGUCACUCCCUCACUAGAAUCGGGGGCGAACUUUCUGGUGAUCCGUUGGACUUGAAGAUGUUCCUCUCCACCAGUUGGGAGUUCACUGAGGAGAUCUCAGAAGACUACUGCAAGUUUGAAAUGACUAUUCCGGCCAUCGUUCGACCUCGCACCCCGCCAUCUACUGAGGUUCUGGAUACCACUUUGGCUGAGACUGAGGCAUUGCCCUACGAAAUUGGUAUUGUGCGACAGUUCCCAUUCAGCUCAACACUCCAAAGAAUGUCUGUUAUUGCGAGAGCCCUCAACGGAAGCCACUUUUGUGUCUACACGAAAGGGUCCCCUGAGAUGAUCGAAACACUUUGCCGGAAGGAAACACUCCCUCGCGACUUCCAUAACGUGUUGUUGGAGUACACCCGCGAGGGCUAUCGCGUGCUAGCUCUAGCCUGGCGGCCGCUUCGAGCAACUUACACUCGAGUCAUGCGUCUUCAACGCAGCAGCAUCGAAUUUCAACUCCAGUUCCUUGGCCUGCUAGUGAUGGAGAAUCGUCUCAAGCCGGAGAGCGCUCCUGUCAUCAAAACCCUUCAGGAAGCCCGCAUUCGGCCUGUCAUGGUUACUGGUGAUAACAUGCUUACUGCUCUUUCGGUCGCCCGCGAUUGUGAGAUGAUUGAUGAAAUGGAUCGUAUAAUAAUCGUCUCGGCAAAAUCACCAAAGCAGUCUUCUAAAGUAGCAACACUAGAGGAAGUCAGUGGAGAUCUACACAUUUUUGGUGAUUGCUCCUCGUCUCCUGAUGAUUCAGUGGAGUCUUGGAAGGAUUUAGUGCAGUUCCACUAUGCUGAGGACCUUCACAAACCAGUGACGGAGGUGACAACUGCUUCCAAAAGGCAGACUUAUGAUCUUGAAAAUGAAGAGGAUUCGGAAGUCAUUCCAAGGCACUCUAAAAUUGGCAGGUGGUUAAUGAACUUAAGAAGGAAACGGGUCUCCUCGCCUUCUAGUAGGGGCGUGACAGAUGAUGUGGAAGGUUAUGGGAGAGUUUCCAGCAAAGAGAAGGCGAGUGAGAAGACACGACAAAUUCACGGUAACCGAAUGUAUGGACGCACCAAAUUAAAACAUCGUAUCACUCUGCGUAUGAUAGACCGACCUGAUUUUCAUUUGGCUAUUUCGGGCAAAACGUGGGGCAUUAUUCGCGAGCACUUUCCCUCUCUUAUUCCCAAGCUGGUGGUGAAAGGUACGGUUUUCGCUCGUUUCUCACCAGAACAGAAAUCUCAACUGGUGGAGGCUCUGCAAUGCGUGGGUUACUUUGUCUCAAUGUGCGGUGACGGAGCUAACGACUGUGGUGCGUUGAAAGCGGCACAUGCGGGCAUAGCACUGAGUCAAGCCGAGGCGUCUGUAGCUAGUCCCUUCACUUCGGGCCUGCAGAAUAUCAGCUGUGUGCCCCAACUUAUCCGUGAGGGUCGCUGUGCAUUGGCCACUAGCUUUGGCACUUUCAAGUUUAUGAUGGGCUACUCCAUCACCCAGUUCACCAGUGUUCUCAUACUCUACUGUGUUAACUCAGUGCUCGAAGAUAUGCAAUUUCUCUACAUCGACUUGUUCGUUAUUACUUCUCUCGGCGUUACCUUUAGUUAUACCAGGGCUUAUGAACGCCUUUCACCUGAACCUCCAACAAUGCGCCUUGUCUCCACAACGACCCUCCUUUCACUAGGGAGUCAGUUGCUCCUAGUUAUCGGUACUCAACUAGCCGCUUUCUUCUACUUUGGCUCUCAGCCAUGGGCGUUUGAAGAAGGGGAGAUAACGAAUGCGGCAAUCUUCCUUGUUUCUUGUUACCAGUACGUACUGCUCGCCGUGAUUUUCUCCAAAGGUCCGCCAUAUCGUCGCAGAAUGUAUACAAAUUACCUCUUCCUGGCUAACGUCCUUAUCGUUCUGGGAAUUAAUCUCUUAAUCAGCUUGUACCAGGGAGAAGCUCUGCUGGAUUUCAUGGGUUUAGCAGUAUUCCCUUCCUACAAGGCCCGUACAAUGCUAGUAUUGAUUGCUCUGGCGAAUUUUCUAUUGGGCUCCUUGAUUGAAAUGCUGGUAGAAGGUGUGGCCUUCCGUCGGCAUAUGCGGGAGCUUAAGAAGACAUUUUUUCCUAGCUAUGUGGCUCGCAAGGAUUACGAGCGCAUUCGCGAGGAGAUAGAUCGAAUGGCGGGCGAUUGGCCACCUGUCAUCCGUUCUGCUAGCAUUCAGGACAUUAGGACGGAGUUCUUUGCUGAGGAACAGCAGCAAGAGGCUACGCGCAGUUUUCCCUGCGGCCGAGCGCGCGACGACUCUUGCUCUUUUUGUUGCGAGGAUGAGAACCAUGAUUCGAUUCGGGUCCACGUCUCUGGCGGUGCCGCUCUUGUUGGUUCAGGUCGUAGGCGCUGCCAUUCUAGCUCGCACUCUCCGAACCGAUCCCGAUCGUUGGAGGCCUCACAACUGCGCAGUUUGAUGAGCCAAUGCGGGUACAAUGAGGCUUAUCAAGGGCCUGAUGAUGGGACUUCUGAACUGCCUCCAAGGAUGGCUACGAACGCUGAAGGGUCGGGUCACAAAGGCACACGUUUGAAGGGUCUCCAUACUUCGCGCUAUCGUACCCAGAGCACUGCCUUUGAUCAACGCAAGGGGCCUGCUGAUGCUGAUAAAAUUCCCGUUCUUCCCUUACACGAUCCGGGAAUUUCCUAG